CUUUCAUUCCAAUAAUGUUUUAAUUUCUUCACCCCUGUUCAUCCUCCCAUUUAACUGCGGCACUCCACUGUUAUUUAGUCCGGAUUUGAACUCAGACCAGGCCACAUUGACUUCUCCCAAGGAAAUGUGACAGUAUUGCAGCAUUACAGCCUUUAUGUAAAGCAAAGUGCAAAAAUCAAUCUAUCAAACCCCCCAAAGACCAACUACGACAAUUAAACAUCGCCUUCUUAAUAAGUAAGUUUAAUCCCGUUUGGUGUGUGACAACUUGCUGCAAACAGAGAUCGGAGCCGCAUUUACUGCGAAGACGUUUUUGACACUCACCAAAUGAAGCAAAGCUCUAUAUUGCUACCGUUUUUUUGCCCACACCGGUAAAAACGUACAAUAUUUCGUAAGUGGUUAACCCUGCAAAGUUCAUAACUCUCUUUAUACAUAGAUUUUUGUCGUGUUUAUACAUACUCUGGAAGAAUGUGAUGAUAAGUUGGACACGUUAUGUUUGGUUUGUCGGAUGUGGGUGCGUAGUUAGUAGUAGCUCCUCAAUGGGAACGAAGGGGUGAUUUACGAGCCCAAAUUGGAGUUAAAUCGCCCGAGAAAGUUUGUCACAGAUGCAAGACAGCAAACAUUUAACUGGAAUGUGUGGGUGUCAAAUGUCAUAGUUUGUUUUAGUCAAGUUAAGCAAGUGAUGAGUUUCAGAUUGUUAUUUUGUUGGUUCAUGGUGUCGAGUGGCAGUGGAAUUUGUUGAAAGAAAUGUGAACACGAGUUGUUAAAGAGAAACAAAGAAAGAGACGAAUAUACCCGCAUCUCCGCUUUUCGGAUUGGAAAUAUUGCAAGGAGUUGGAAUAAAGUGUACGUAGAUCUGCCUACCACACACACACAAGCUCCACUGAUGGAUGAGCAGUGAUGCAAUUAUUCAAGCCAAGAAAUACGACUCUCAACAACUCGGCAUUAUAAAAUAAAUAACUCAAACAGCACAGACAGCAGAAGCACAGUAUAAUUUCUAACUACCAAAGUGAUUUAAGAUGACAGUGACUCGAAAACUGGGAACAAUUAUUAUUAAUAACAUUACCAUUUGUUCAAGUUCUCUAAAUCAGCAACCAAAACUUGGGUUUCAGUUUGUUGCAAGUCAGAGGUGAAAGGGAUGUUACAGUUUCCAUCAAAUAGAAAAAGUUGUGGGUGUAGUUUAAUAUCAAAUUAUUUGCGUAUGAAAUCUAACUAGUGACUACGUCCACUGGGGUUUGGUCGAUUGUCGUCCAACAAGUAGUUGGACGUUGGGGAGAGUUUUUUUGUGAAUUAAGUGGUGAAAGUGGAAAUCCAUUAAGCUGGAGCGUGUUCCAAGUGUCCCGGAUAUCAUGGGGCUGAAGCCUCUCGAGUUCAAGGACUGUCUCACGGAUAGUCCUUACUUCCGAGAGAACCUUCACGCCCAUGAGAAAGAGCUGGAGAAGACGAGUUCGCAGAUCAAAGUACUCGUCAAAGAUGUCAAGGAAAUUCUGAAUGCUGCACGAUCCCUCUCAAGAGCUCAGCGAGCAUUGGCCGAUUCGCUGGAGAAAUUCACCUUCGAAUGUAUCGGAAGCAAUCAGACGGAUGAUGAGAUUGUUAUUGCAGACUCCUUGCGACAAUUUGGUCAUCUAAUUUCAGCCAUUGAAGAUGAGCGGGAUAGAAUGCUGGAAAAAGCCAACGAUCAGUUCAUCAAACCGUUGGACGACUUUCGGAAAAAGAAGAUUGGCGAUGUUAAGGAUGGGAAGAAAAAGUUUGAAAAACAGACAACAAAAUUUUGUCAGAGUCAAGAGCGUUACCUGAACCUCUCAACAAAGAAGCAGGACACAAUCCUGCAGGAAGCAGAUGCUUCUCUCGAAAUGGAACAGCGGCACUUCUGCCAAGCCAGCCUCAAAUAUGUAUUUCUUCUUCAAGAGGUUCAAGAGUGUAAAAAGUACGAGUUCGUCGAAACGCUCCUGGGUUUCAUGUACAGUUGGCUCACAUUCUACCACCAAGGACAUGAAGUAGCUACUGAUUAUAAGCCCUACAUGGUCGACCUGCAGAAGAGAAUUCAAAACACAAGAGAAAAUUUUGAGACAACCAGAGAUCAAACGAAACUGCUAAUGAACAAGAUGCUGGAGCUUCGCAAAUCGAAGGACCCUGGAAGCCUUGACAAAAUGUAUACGCGACAGGGUUACUUGUAUCUCAUGGAGAAGAAGGCACUCGGAAGCAGUUGGACAAAGUAUUACUGCAUGUAUGAAAAGGGAACGAGGAAAUUCUCUAUGAUUGCAUACAAUCAGAUUUCCGGCAAAAUUACUGGAACUGAAGAAAUUAUUCUCAAAUCAUGCAUUCGUCGGAUGUCCGACUCAAUCGAGAAGCGCUUCUGCUUUGAUCUAACUGCGGAAAAUCGUCCCGGAAUUGUUUUCACGUUACAAGCACUUUCAGAAGAGGACCGAAGACUUUGGCUGGACGCCAUGGAUGGACGAGAGCCGACGUACGGCCAACCUGGAAAAGUGUCAAAAGGAGAAGAGACAUCCUUAGAUGAUGUAGGUUUUAGCUUCGUUCAACAAUGCAUAGCUGAACUGGAGUCUCGAGGAUUGGAAGAACAAGGUCUUUAUCGCUUGGUUGGAGUCAGCUCCAAAGUUUCAAAGUUGUUAACACUGGGUUUGGAGCGACGUAAAGGAGAUAAGCUCAUUCUCAAUGAUCGAUGUGAAUGGGAGACAAAAACAAUUACCAGCGCUCUCAAAACUUAUUUUCGAAACUUGCCCGAGCCCUUGAUGACGUUUCGUUUCCACGAAGCCUUCAUUGCUGCAGCAAAGCAAGACACCCGAACGCAACGAAUAGCUGAUGUUCACACGUUAAUCCAUCGGCUGCCACCCCCUCACUUUAGGAUUUUAGAUACGCUAAUUGCUCAUUUGCAUCACGUUGCUGCAAAGUCUGAGAAAAAUAAGAUGACUAUUAGUAACUUGGGGGUGUGCUUUGGACCUACAUUGCUUCGGCCAGAGGAGGAAUCAGUCGCUGCUAUUAUCGACAUUAAGUUUUGCAACGUUGUGGUAGAGAUUCUGAUAGACAGCUAUGAAAAGAUUUUUCAAUGUAAGCCACCCGCUAGCGAGAUGCCAAAAGAGAUUUCCUCCCAUUUUCACACCACUGUGCCUCAAAACCACAGACCCGCUGUUAGUCCUAUUAAACACACCGUGGUUACGUAUAAUGACGGGCCAAAGCCAAUCUACAUGGACCCCAACCCAAUGCGCUCGUCUUGGGAUAACAUUCAGUUGACCUCGAGUGGAAUUGGGAUUCACCAGUCAACUGCCACCGUCAACUCCCUUCAUUCCAGUUCACAUUCUAGUUCUUCUAAUCAGAGUAGCGGCGAACCACUCCCCCUUUCUUACAGCUUAGGAUCUCAUUCCUCUAUCCCUGAGAGAGAUAAUAGUAGUCGACUACUCGGCUCGUCCCAAAAUAAUAGUCGCAUCACGGUCGGACUUAAUAAUUCUGGAGCUUUGGGGGACAGCAAGGGCAACAGCUAUUCUCAGCCCUAUCUGAACAAUGCCGUUCCUGAAAGAAACUUAUCAAAUAGCAGCAGUUCUAGCGAGUCUGUUGCUUCCUGGCCCGGCCACCCACAAAAUAGUUUGGGAAUCCCUGGCGUUGGUUUGACUCCACCUCAACCGCCGCCCUAUCAACCCCCUCCUGAGCAUCCCCUCAUCAAUGGAAGAGAUAAUUAUGGCAUAAUUUCUCGAGGUCCUACGAAGCCACCGCAGACGUCGAUGGCGGGGGCUACUGGUGGUUCUAAGUGGGAGUACGCCAGAAAAUGUGCUAGGACUUUGUACUCGUGUGUGGCAGAACACGAGGGCGAGCUUUCCUUCGAGCCAAAUGAAAUAAUUACAAAUGUCCGUCCUUCCGUUGAACCUGGUUGGUUGGAAGGAACGUUACGCGGAAAGACUGGUCUCAUACCUGAAAACUAUGUGGAAGCAUUGCCAUAGAUCCAUUCUAUGGCAAUGAUAAUUCUAUGACCACGUUAGAUAAUCCCCUUAGAAUCAAACGACUUACCAAUAUAUCUUAUCUACCAUGUUGGCCCCGAUGUACUCGAGAAUAUUUUCUUAACUGGAAUUAAUCUUAACUGCAUCGCGAGUCCAAUCAUCAACCAAGAUAACGAGCUAACAAAUUCAAUGAUACGCUACAAUACACUAAUACAACAAUUUAGAACCUAUGGUAUAUAAUACUCUCAAAAUCGGGUUCCACAAGCACGGCGUCGUCAAUAUCAAGAAACUAAUUAAUAUAGCUCCGUAUUAAGCACUAUCAAAAGGGUAAAACAUUGUUUAAAAAUUGCAUAGAAAGUCACUUUCAUGCAUUCAUUGGCUUGGCUAAAUUAUCAUAACAUAAUAUUCACAAGUUUAAAAAUUUGAUGUCUGACAAAACUGGAAAAUCUAAUUUCUGAUGCCAAGAACAUUCUUGACUUUAUACAAUUCUUCUGAGGCUGACAAAUUAGUAGUGUGUACACGAAACAUGACUAUGUCAAUUCUGUUUCUGUAUGCUAUCGUUGUUGUUGGUGUGCCAUAAUAUACAAUUAAAAUCUAGUGCGAAAUGCGAUAUCUGUAGUCGGGAAGCGUCCUGACUAUAUGUAUCAAUUACUCAAUAUGCAAAGUACUUAUUAGUUUUUUGUAUUUCAGUUGAAAGGUUCCUUUGAUAUGCUAUAUUACAUACCUUAUUCAGGGUCGCUGUUAAUUAGUAUAAAUAAAAUAAUUUAAACGACUUUGUUUACAUUUAUACGAAAGGUUUUCUGGUUUCCUGACAAUCGAACAAUGUGGUACUGGCUAAUUUAUUUUUACAAUUUACUUGCUUACAUUUUGAUGUUGAUAAAUAUUUCCAAUUAAAUUAAAUGUCCAUUCUGAAAAUGAUGGUGCUAAAUAGUGACAAAUAUUUAAUAGCAGCUUAAAUUUCAAAUUCUUUUGCAUUAUGAUCGUGCUAGGACGUGACAAUAUAUUUUUUAAAUUCACAAAUUACUUUUCAGUAUACAUAUAUAGUUAUGCAGUAGACAAAUGAAUAUGUAAAUAAAUAUAUUAUUAUAUAGUUGGAGUGCUUGGAAAUGGCUUGAUAUCUACAUAAUUGUUGCACGUAGUCUCACUUUUCUCUCAAUAAAUGUUUACUGUAUACAUAAGUACAUAUAUAUUCUAAUACAUCUAGAGUGUCAUAAAUGUUGAACAAGGCUGCCAUAUACACCCAGACAGUAUUUAAUUUUUUUGACCAUGCCAUUUAUAGUCCUGUUAAAUUCCUUCUAUUUUAUUCUAAUAUUGACAAUUUUUUAAUAACACAAUGUCAAGUUCUUUGAGUCCUGUAUUUCCUUGUAUACCAUUUCAGAUUUUAAGAUUGCCAUUCCUCUCGAAAAUAUUGUGUACAUUGCUCUGCACAGGUUGGCAUAUAUAAUACCUACAUUUACAUUACUUAGGAUUAGUUGUUUAUGUUACAUAUUGUUCCGUAAUUUAUUUGUUGUCUACGUUUCUUGAGCAUUGUAAUCUUUCGUGAUGCUCCAGUUUUACUAGUAUUAUUGACCAGAAGAACUUAUGUAUAUGCUGCAGAGUAGAAUAAAAAAGGUGUAGAAAACAUUUGUUCUUAUAUAUUAAAACGUACUGUAAUUUAAUGUUAUGUACAAUGGGUUUUUAAUCAUGCUAUGAGCUGUGAGAGGAGAGGCAUGUGGUGACAGGUGUAUGGUAUAUGCACCCCUAAUCCAUCAUAAUGACUCAUUAGCGCAUAGCUUUGAUUGAUUCUCCACGAAAAUUGCUAACCUCCAACAGCAGCUGUAGAUUAUAUUCUGUUACAUAAUAGUGGUAAUUAAGUAUGAUAUAUGAUGAGUAUUCGUAACGAAAAUACGAAAGAUUUUUGGGCGACACGUACUUUGUUUUAAUGCGCUUCAUCGAAAAAGGGAGAGAAACAACUUUGCUUAAUUUUAUGUAGAAAAUAGACAAAAAGGCUAUGAAUUAAAGGUCGUAAGAUUGUUAUAAUUGUUACAAAAGAUUAUUAUAUAUAUGUCUAAUAGAGUUCAAUUGAUUAAUAAAUACACUUUUUGAUGUGAGUCAAAACUUGA